GGCAAUUCCCAAUUCCCAAUUCUCUUAACAGCAUCACGUCGCGUCGCGUUGUUCAAACGUAUCCUAUCCCUUGUUCUCUACCUGUCAUGGACCGGUCAGAAAUCAUAAGAAACAAUCCUAUAGGCGAGGGCCUUGAGGCUUUCCUUACCUCGUUCGCGCGCUUGUGCGAGACAAAAGAAAUCACUUGGGGAGGAGAAGUCCCUGACCAGCUUGACCAGCUUGGUGAUGAAGACGUGCGAGACCUUGUGUACGAGCUUUUGUCGGCCCUCUGGAACCUCCGUACCUCCCGACAAUUGCCUUCUUCGACUGGUCAUGGUAGUCUUCGAACCGACUUUCUAGACCUUGAAGCUUCAUUCGAGAGAGAAGGCUUCGACUACAAAUGCGUUAAACCUUUAUUAAAAGCGGUUGUCGCUAAGAAAUCUAAUGAGGAGAUCUGGGAUCAAGUUUACCACAUUCUUGUCCCAUCUACCCCUCUAUUUCGGCCCAUCCUCUCAAACCUCUAACAAACAUUAUGGCUACACAAUACAAGCAGCUUUGCCAAUUCCUCCAAACAUUGAAAAUAUAUGGAUGCCAUCCUCAAAAAAGAAUUGGAUACUAUAUAUAUUAGGCUCCAUAGCUUUCACCAAUCAUAUUUUAGGUCUAUACCUGGUCUUCAAGCAGUGUCCAAGGCCACCUUCACGGAAUGCUCUCAAGGCAGCAACCCAUUUUUUACCGAUCACUAGAUUGGGUGGCCACCAAAGGCUAAAAAGAAAGAUAUUCUAAGAUGGUUCCAAGAUAUUAUCCCACCAUCCUACAACCACUCCAGCACAAAGACUGAUUAUAUAGCCUAACAGCUUUCUCUGGGGCUCAACAACGGGACAUAAGCUGGAUAUAGGUUUUAUAAACAACUCCAAGGCCAAUAAUAUUAAGUAUAGCUGAUCCAAGUUCUUUGUACCAGGUGAAUUAAAGAGUAACCCAAACGCCAAUAAGUUUAAAACAUGGCUUAAUAUCAGGAGAUAUGCGAAAAAAGUACUCAAAGCCCAGGAUACUUAGCAAUUUGUCAUGGCUUGUAUUCUUUAUGGGCCGUUUAUAAGGAUAUGGGUAUUUGAUUGAUUAGGGGGAAUUGCAUUUAGGUGAUUUGAUAUUAAUAAAGAUGUUUUUUAUUUGUGUUGAUGAUGUUUGGAUUUCUUUGGAUGCAUGAGGAACAGUUAGGAUUUGAUCCUGUAAUUAUUAUAUUA